AAGGCAGAAGAAAAAAUCAGAGUCUGCUUACUCAGAAGAGCAACAAGCAAUGGAUCCCGAAAGCCAGAGGGUGAAGCUUAAUGAUGGCCACUUCAUUCCUGUCCUAGGAUUUGGAACCUAUGCACCUGAGGAGGUUCCUAAGAGUGAAGCCCUGGAGGCCACCAAAUUGGCUAUAGAGGUUGGGUUCCGCCAUGUUGACAGUGCUCAUUUGUAUCAAAAUGAGGAGCAGGUUGGCCAGGCCAUUCGAAGCAAGAUUGCAGAUGGCACUGUGAAGAGAGAAGAUGUAUUCUACACUUCAAAGCUUUGGUGCACUUCCCUUCGACCAGAGUUGGUCCGACCAGCCUUGGAAAAGUCACUGAAAAAUCUUCAACUGGACUAUGUUGAUCUCUAUAUUAUUCAUUCUCCUGUGUCUCUGAAGCCAGGGAAUAGAUUUGUUCCAAAAGAUGAAAGUGGAAAACUGAUAUUUGACUCUGUGGAUCUCUGUCACACAUGGGAGGCCCUGGAGAAGUGUAAGGAUGCAGGGCUGACCAAGUCCAUCGGGGUGUCCAACUUCAACCACAAGCAGCUGGAGAGGAUCCUGAACAAGCCGGGGCUCAAGUACAAGCCCGUCUGCAACCAGGUGGAAUGUCACCCUUACCUCAACCAGAGCAAACUGCUGGAGUUCUGCAAGUCACAUGAUAUUGUCCUAGUAGCUUAUGCUGCUCUGGGAUCCCAACUAUCAUCAGAAUGGGUGAACCAGAACCACCCCGUUCUCUUGGAGGACCCAGUUCUUUGUGCCAUUGCCAAAAAGCACAAGCAAACCCCAGCUCUGGUUGCCCUUCGCUACCAGGUACAACGUGGGGUUGUGGUUUUGGCCAAGAGUUUCAACAAGAAGCGGAUCAAAGAGAACAUGCAGGUGUUUGACUUUGAACUGACUCCAGAAGACAUGAAAGCAAUCGAUGGCCUCAAUCGUAAUAUAAGAUACUAUGAUUUUCAACAGGGUACGGGUCACCCUGAGUAUCCAUUUUCUGAAGAAUACUGACUGGGUGAGCUGUCCACCAUGCCUUCUACCUGAACGUCUUGCUUCUAGGGCUGUGAAGAGCAUUUCUAUACUUGGUGGAGGUGUUUAAAAGAAGUGUCUGAACUUUUGAAAGCUUGUUUUUCUUUAAAAACUUUUUAUGAAAUAAUCAAGAUUUCAAAUAUCAGUACUAGUUUUUCCUGAUAACAAAAUAAUUUGAAAAAUAAAGGGGAAAAGAUAAACCUGAUUAACCCAUUUAAUAAAUUUGGUGCAUUUUCCUUUGUUGAAAAUGAAUCAGUCAAUCUAAGAAAGAAAUAGAAAAUUUCAUUCAAGCCAAAUUUGAGAACUAUAACCCAGAAAACUCUGAUUGCUGUUCUGUCUUCUAGAAGUCAAGGCACUGGGGAUGUAAGUUUUGGAGACAGAGGGCUCUACAUGAAAAGACAUAUUAUUGACAGUGUGCAUAAUACACAUAUAAGUGUCAUCGUGUUGAGUCAUGUGACCCCUUAUAAGAUCAAGAAGAAAUUUAUCUUUUAAGGAGCUGUCUUACUGAUGCUGGGAGAAUGUGGCUCUUUACGGUUGAGCAGGUCCUUGCAUUGAGGAAAGAGGUCCGGUACAUAUAUAAUGAAGACACACAACCCACAGUAAGGAGAGAGGGGUGCAAAGGACACAAAAGAAUUUUUCAUAUUUAAAUUUUUGCCAUAAAAUAUAAAUUUUAUUUCAUACCUUCAUGACUCCCCUAUACAAAAGUGUGUGUCUGUUUAUAAUUUGAA